AUGAUUGUGACUACAACACCCGUUUGUGCUUCUGUGUCAGGAAUGAGUAGCUCUAUGACCUGCAUUUAUGAUACUAAUUCAAAAUCUCUGACUGUUAAAAAUCCAGUUAGUUCUACAAGUUAUGGUACUUCUUUAACCUUUUCAAUAUACCCAUUCAAAAACCCAUACAAUGGCAAGAAGAAAUCUUCAUUUAAAAUCACAACUCUAGAUCAGUAUAAUUAGGAAAUUGAUACUAUCAGUGGACUUACUUUACAAGUAACUGAUUUUGCUUCUUUCAAUAGUGCUAUAAUUUAUAGAUAUGAUUAGGUGAAUACAAUCGAAGAAGCAUCAAUACUCAAUUUUGUUCUAGGUCUUAGUUUUCCAAUUGAUGCUGAUUGCAGGCUUAGAAUCGAUUUUCCUUCUGACUAGCCUGUAACUAGUGAUUUAGUGACUAUUUUGGGCGAUGAAUCUAUAGUAAGAACUGAAGGAACUACUUCCUUCACGAAUAGUGUUCAAAAUUACAUUGCAUUAGACGGAUGUCCAAAUUUUAUACAAACUACCCAGUCUUCAGGAAUGUAUCUCUACUUAGAAAAAGUAUUAAAUGCUGCCAAAGUGAAAGACACUAGUACUUUUACAAUUAAACUUUACGCACUUGAAGCUGGAGUUUAAUAUAAUAUUGCUUAAUCGACUGCUGGAUUAAUUGUACCUGCAUAAAUGCUGACCUCAGGCUAAAUUCAAAGUUUUGCAUUGAUUGCUACAUCAACUACAGUCUCUGACUCCACUCUAUAUAAACUUCAGAUUUAACCCUCUCAUUCCAUCCCAUCAAGUUCUAAAAUAAGAGUUGAAUUCCCUAUUGGUAUUUCUUUAAUGAAUCUUAUUUGUACUUUGACCAUUGUUUCUGCACCAAUUAGUACUGGAGCUGGUUGCCAUGUUGUUAGUAAUGUUCUCACUUUGACAAAUCCAUUUGGAACAUCAACCUUUACUAAAGGUGGAUCAGCUUUCUCUUUUAUGUUCAGUAACGGAGGUAAAAACCCUGACUCUGUCAGAGAUGCUGGUACAUUCACCGUAUCUACCUAUUAUACUGAGUCUAGCAUUGACUAUAUUAUUGAUUCCUCUUCUUUUACUAAUGUCUAUACUCCAACAGCUGCGAUUUUAACUGCUAUUGCAACUCCAGCUUCCUUUAUCGUUAAUAAUUCCCCAACAGACUAUACUUUUGCAAUAACUCCUGGAUAGAUAAUCCCGAUCGGAGGAAACAUAAAAAUUACUUUUCCAAGUGAGAUUACUGGAAGCUCCUUAACAAAAUGCACACUAUCAAUAGCUGGAAGUUCCCCAACUUGCACACUUAGCUAAACUUUCCCGUUAACUGUUCUAGUUACUGGUGGAUUCACCACAGCCUACACCUCUAAAACUACCGUAUUCUCGCUUACUCUUGGUAAUUUUAGAAAUCCAAGAUCAACUGCUGUCACAAGUUCUUUCUCUAUUACUAUAACUGAUUCUUAAGAAUAUGAAAUAGCAAAGUCAGCAUCUGGUACAAAUAUUUAGAUGAAUCAAGUCCCAGACAUCACAUCAUUUGCAGUAGCCUAAUCCAGUGGUAUUAAUGGUGCUGCUACUGACUAUACAUUCACAGUUACAACUCCAAUUCGUAUAAUUUCAACUGAUAAGAUUACCUUCACUUUCCCAGCAGAGAUCACAGUUCCUAGUUCAAUAACAUGUGCUGCAGUUUCUAAUAUUUUAUCAAUAACUUGCUUAUCUACUGGAAACACAGUCACUGCAGUGUUUUAAUUUUCUGGAGGUGCAUUGGUAGAAAGUACCGCUUUUUCGUUCAAGAUCUCUAAUAUCAUAAAUCCUCCUAGUACUACUCCAACAUCAGCUUUUACAUCUGUAUAAAUGAAAGAUUCAAGUGAUUCAAAACUUGCUGAAUUUUCAGGUUUUGUACAAGUCACAGAUACUACUCCAGCUACUGUCACAACAAAAAUUUUAAACUAAACUGAUAAAACUUUGAGCACUGCAACCACAUAUACAAUCACUUAUACUACCAUGAAUGCUAUGAGAACAGGAGGGUCUUUUAAGAUUACUUAUCCGACAAGUGUAAGUUCAAAUGGAUAUAUUUCCACUUGCAAUGUAAUCUACAACUCUGUAACAUAUUCUAUGUCUGGCUGUAUAAUUGAUACUUCUGCGAGAAUCAUUUCAAUUCAAUCAGGAUUUUCACAGGCCGUAGCAAAGGGAGAUAAUAUUUCGGUGUAAUUUGGACCAUUAAUUAAUCCUAGCACAAAUAAACUUACAACUAAUUCAUUUUCAAUUCAAUCUUAUACCUCAAGCUCAUAUACUUAUGUAUACGACAUGGCAACUUCAGGACUAAUUCCUGAUUUUGAAUGUACUUAUCCAUGCAAAACUUGCAACACUUUAUCUAAAACUUAGUGUCUAACUUGCAUGCCAUUUUCUACAGAUUCAGCAUUUCCUUAUUACUAUUCAACUGGUCUUUCAUGUAUAUCAACUUGUCCUGAUGGUACUUAUAAUGAUAACUAUAUUUGCAAAGCUUGUCCAACUGGGUGUAAGUAUUGCUCAAGUGAUACUGCUUGCAACUACUGUGAUACUACAAGUACUUUGCCAUACCUUUCAAAUAAUAUAUGUGCUUCAUUGUGUCCAACAGGAUAAUGCUCUUAAAAUUUUAUUUGCACAAGUUGUUCUGCAUCUCAGUUUGCUAGUAUUACUAUAGUUCCAAAUGCGACAGUAAUAAAUACAGCCGGAACGACACUCAUAAUCACAGCUUAACUAGACACAAGUGCAUCAAGUUCAAGAACUUCUUUCAAGACAGGAGAUAUUCUUUAGUUUAAUAUACCGUUCCCUGGUUCCUUUACAGUAGCUACUGGAGCAUCAUUAUGCACAGCACUUAAAGUCGGAACUAUCUCAGGGUCGCCAUCUAAGUUAGUAAUGACAGUGCAGAAUUUCAAUAAUCCAGCUUCAAGCUGCGAUAUAGCAUCUGUUUAAGCCUAGCUACUUGACAGUACAGGAACAACCUAAGCAUAAUACUAAACAGGCAGAAUUACAGGAUUUACUGGUGGUAAAAUAACAACUGCAAUGAUAAGUUCAAGUUCAUAAAUAGUAGGUUCAUCAGGCAAUACAUUGACAGUUUCUUUUGUUGUUGUUAAUCAAUUGGCAGCUGGAGGAGUAAUAAACAUGGUAUUCCCGUACUGGAAUCCUAGUUCAUCUACUAAAUUACAUAUGAUAACAUCUCCAACUUGUACAGGAGUUGAUUUCCUACCUAGAUCUUUAGCUUGUUCAUAUGAUACUACAACAUUAACUCUAUCUAUAGGCAUCACUUCAGCUGUACCUUCUUUCACAAUUAUUAGCUUUGCAGUAACAGGUUUUAGAAAUCCCUACAAUGGAGUCCCUAAAAGUGGUUUCUAUCUAUCAACAUAUGACUCAUAAAACUGCGUAGUUGAAUCUAUAGCACUAGCUAUCCAAACUAAUUCAAUGGCACAAAUUAAUAGUGGAUCAAUAAGCCGAGUAGACACUAUCUCUACAGUAGAGGAGUUAUCCACAAUGAAGAUUUCUUUUGUUCUAGAUUUACCGACAGAUGCAUCUUGUAGACUAGUUAUAGGAUUCCCACCAGAUUAGCCUGUGACUUCUGCUUUAGCAACUUUCACAGGUGGAACUAAUUUGCUAAGUACUGCUUCAUCAGCAACAAUUGCAACUAAAGAUAUAUCUACUUAGACAGCAACUAUAAAUGGGUGCUCUACAUAUGCGGAAAGUGGGCUAACCUCAACAGUCAACCUAGCGCAGCUCUUAAACACUCCUUUCAUUAAAACGACAAUGACAUUUUCACUAAAGCUGUAUUCAAUCGUAGGCAGCGUUGCCUACAAUAUAGCAGAACUUACAACAGGAAUCACAGUACCUAAUAAUAUCCUAACAACAGGAACUGUCACUGGAUUUUCUCUUACUCCUACUAUCAGUACGAUUAAUGAACAAUCUACUUAUAAACUAACUUUAAAGCCAACUCAUAGUAUUCCUUCUAAUUCUAAAAUUCGGAUCACAUUCCCCUCAUCUAUGGUCAUGACUGGAGGUCUUUGCACUCUUUCAAGUGUUUCAACAGCGAGUCUUAGUCCUUCUUCUUGUUAAAUGAGUAGUAAUGUUCUCACUUUGACAAAUCCAUUUGGAACAUCAACCUUUACUAAAGGUGGACCAGCUUUCUCUUUUAUGUUCAGUAACGGAGGUACGAACCCAAGCACAGUUUCAGACGCAGGGACAUUUACAGUUCAGACCUAUGCUACUAUUAACUCAAUCGAUUAUCCUAUAGAUGAGACUUCAUUCACAAAUGUAUUCACACCAACUGAAAAAUUAAGGAAAGUAAUUUUGACAACAAUAUCUAGUUAUGCUACUAAUGCUUAACCUUCUUCAUAUACUUUCUAAAUUACUCCUUAGAGUAAUGUUGCUGCUGGCACAAAACUAAAAUUCAUUUUUCCUUUGUAAAUAUAGCUAGCGAAUUCAGGUAUCUCUGUAUCACCAAUUACCACAACUAUUUCAGGCACUACGAGAACACUUAAUGGUUGCAUUACGACAAACGCUAGUGGGCUUGUAAAUGUAAUAUGCUCUGAUCUAUUCACAUCUGCAUUCAUUGGUGGUGGAACAGGCUCAUUCUUAAUAACAUUAGGGGGAAUGAAAAAUCCAAGAAGUUUAGCACCAACAGACUCAUUUGAAAUUUUUUUCAAAACUUCAUCUGGAGUAGAUUUAGAAGCAAUUUAAACAGGAAUAACAGCUACAAUGUUAACAUUAUCAAAUAUGAUCCUCUUUUAAGCAGUUCCAGAUAGCUUUGUGAAUGGAGCAUUAGCUACUUAUGUAUUUACUAUAUAAUCCUCAUAAGCUCUUUCCACAGGUGAUUACAUUUCAUUCUUAUUACCUACUGAAAUAAUUUUACCGGAUGGCAUAUUCACUUGUUAAGCAGUAUAAAAUCUUAUUUAAGUAUCUUGCUCAAAAAUAUCAAAUAGCAAUGGUAUUAAAGUAGUUUUUACUUUUAUUGGAGGUUAAUAGACUCAAGGUACUUAAAUUAUUUUCAAAAUUGGAUCUCUAGCUAAUCCCCCAAAUACUUAGGAAUCCUCUAGUUUCACUGCAAUAUAACUUUAUGAUAAAACUAGUAGUGCUCUUGAAGCAUUUAAUGGUCUAGCUAAAAUUACUAUGACAACUCCAGCAACAGUAACCUCUAAAUCAUUAGUAUAAGGUGUUACCUCUAGUAGCAGUGCAACUACAUAUACGAUUACAUAUACUAAUAUUAAUAGAAUGGCUGCAAAUUUUGCUUAUGAAAUUGCCUAUCCUUCAUCAGUAAAUGUUCCCAGUACUCUCACAACAUGCUAUAUCGUUUACAAUGACGUAAAGUACGGCAUGAGCUGUAUUGUAGACAAAAUUAAUUAAAAGAUAAAGGUCUAAGAUGGUUUUGGGUAGGCUGUAUCAAGUGGAGGCUAGCAAAUCUAAAUUUAUUUAGGACCAAUUAAUAAUCCUACAGACACUUAAAUCUUCUAAUCUUUCUAACUAACGUCAUACACUGAUAAUUCUUUUACCUAUAAGAUUGAUUAAAUUACUUGGGGAUUAAUUCCAAGUUUUGCAUGCGCACUUCCCUGUAAGACCUGCUCUACUACUGACAUAUCUUCUUGCUUAUCAUGCUUUACAGAUAUUUCUAGCCAAGUUGAAAAAUACUAUUACAGCAAUAAGUGUAUGCCUGUUUGUCCUUCAGGCUUCUAUGCUGGAGACAACUAAAUAUGCAAAAGGUGUGAUGAUAAAUGUUUAACAUGCAAUUAAGCUGGUAAAUGCUUGACAUGCAACAACACAGGAUUAUAUCCAAACUUCCAUUCUGGAAAUAACAUGUGCUAUGGAACCUGUCCUGAUGGUUACUAUGCAAAUUCAUAAUCCACUUGUGCUGCUUGUGAUUAAAAUUGCAAAACUUGCGAAUCUACCCCAAUGAAUUGCACUUCAUGCAAUUCAAAUGGCUUUUAUCAAUACUUAUCUGGAAAUAAAUGCUUAAGCAAUUGUCAAGCGGGACAAGUUUCUAUUAACUUUGCUUGUAAAAAUUGCUCUUCUUAAUGUGCUACAUGCUCUUCAACUCAAACUUAAUGCUCUUCCUGCUCAUCUGGUUAUCUUAUUGGAACAAAUUGUAUCGCAGAAUGUCCAUUACCAUAUAUCUAAAAAGGAUAUAAGUGUGUUGGAUGUGAUCCUAACUGUCUUCAAUGUUCUAAGACUACUGCAAAUGCUUGUGACAAAUGUGCUAAUGGAUAUAUACUUUACGGUCAGGUAUGCUACACAAAAUGCCCAGAUGGCUACUAACCCAGCAGAAAUAAUAUCUUCUGUGAAAAAACAGUCAAUUAAAUAAAUUUUGGCUAGAAUAAUGACAAUGCAGCCCUAAUUCGGGUGUCCGGCCCCAAUGCUUACAUAUAAGCAGUAUUAAGUGACUGGAUUUCAUAAAAUUAGUUAGAGACUUAUCUUAUACCAUUCUGGUGGGGACCAUUGGAAUAGAUGUCACUAGGAAGAUAAAUUUACCCAGGUUAUGGCUAGUUAUCUAGUUUACCUAUUAAUAAGAUAUAUAAUAACUAAUGA